AUGCUUAAAUUUAGAAUAGCUCAAAGCACAUUAAAGCGAUUUUUUUCCCAAAUUAUUCCUGAAGAAGCUCAAAAAGAAGCUGAUUUGCGUAAGUGCUUCACAAUAAUACAGUCUGUUGAAGUUGUGGCAGCAAAUAAAAGAUUAAAAAUCCUCCAAAACAAAAUUGAAGAGCAUAAAGACAAAAAAAUGCUUAUCCUUUGUAAUAAUGAAGAGGGCACGAGUUUACUCAAAAAAGACUUACAAGAACUCUUUAUUUUUCCAAGAACUUUAAGUGGGGCUUCUUUAUCAGUAAAAAAUAGCUUAGAUGCAAGAUAAUCACAUUAUCAAAAAUUUUGAAUCAAAAGAUAAUGGCCUGCUAAUUGCGUUGAAUAAUUAUUUCAAGAAAAUAAAUUUAGCCAACGUGUCCUGCUUAAUAAAUUACUCUAUACCAUUAACAAUAGAAGAAUACAACGAAAUCGUGCUAAAAUACUACCAAGAUGCCCAAAAAGGCGAAAUGCUUUCUUUUUUUACUACAAAUGACGACGAACUUGCUGAUCAAUUAAUUUUGUCCUUUAUAGAAAGCCACCAAAAUAUUCCUCUGUCUCUUGCAGAAUUCCGCCGCACUAUGAUAUAUAAAUCUAAAACUUCAAGAAAAUGGAAGUAA